ACAAUCUGAACACACUGAGAAGGGAGCAUACAAUGUGUUGUGAAUGUAUAUCAGUUCCUGCAUGCCGAUCUCUUAGAAAUGUUAUGCAAUGUUGGGGUGCGCUUGGGGAUUUGUGAAUCAGUUGUGAGCUACUUAGCUUAAGAAAAAAGAGCAGGGCUUCUCAGAUUUCACAUGGCAUUUCGGUUUUGUUGGGUCAAAUGCAUGAUGAGAAAUUGAAAUUGGCUACUUGCAACUUUCAGUAGCCUUAAAUCGGGAGGUCACAUUUAGACAAAGAGGAAAAACAUGAUUUCUAGUAGUUAAUGGUGCAUAACAAGACUGGAACGUGGCCGUGAUUUCUAAUAUGGUCCGAAAAAAGAAUCCCCCUCUAAGAAACUUUGGUGGUGACGGUGAAGCUCUGGAAUCAACAGGUACUGAGAGUGAGGACUCUGUUAGGAACAAAGACCUUUCUUCAGAUCUCAUGCAAGAAGACAUCAGUCCGUGUGAUGCACUAGAGUCUGACAAGACGGAGGAUCGUUAUAUGCAAGUCUCAGAGCCUUCUUCCAGUAUCAAAAAAGACUUGAAAAGCUCGGCACCGAGAGAAAGGCCUGGUUUCAAUUAUGAAAGCCAUAAGAAGGGAGGAAAUGUUCCAUCCUUCCCCCAUGAUGAAGUGACAGACAUAAAUAUGCUGGCUUUCUCAACUCCAGCUGCUGGGGGAGUCUGUGAACUACUAAAGUCUCCGGCAAGAUCAGAUCCAGAUGACGGUGAAGCCGGGGCCUGUGUCCCAUCUAAAGACCACAGCGAGACAAAAGAGCCACAUCAGUUGUCGCCAGUGUCAACUGGCGAGGCUGUACAAGUUCAAGGUGGUCAGCUGGACAACUGCCAUGCCCUGGACAACUCUGUGGUCUCAGAACACCCUCAGGUAUCUUCUUUAGAGCUUGGCGAGGGUGUGGACAACGAAAGUCCAGAUGAUGCUGCACCUUUGUCUCCAAAGCUGCAGGACUUCAAAUGCAACAUCUGUGGUUACGGUUACUAUGGCAACGACCCCACAGAUCUUAUCAAACACUUCCGCAAGUACCAUCUUGGUCUGCACAACCGCACCAGGCAGGAUGCUGAACUCGACACCAAGAUCUUGGCCCUCCACAACAUGGUGCAGUUUACCCACUCCAAAGACUUUCAAAAGCUCAAUCACAGCAUGCUCACUGGGGUGCUUCAAGACAUCAACUCCCAGCGGUCCAUGGUACUGAAUGGGACUUAUGAUGUACAGGUAACUCUAGGAGGAACCUUCAUCGGCAUUGGGCGGAAAACCCCGGACUGUCAAGGCAACACCAAGUACUUCCGCUGUAAGUUCUGCAACUUCACCUACAUGGGAAGCUCCUCGACAGAAUUAGAACAUCACUUUAUAGCCACGCACCCAAACAAAGUAAAAACUCCCCCAGCAAGCGUUGACUCAAGUGACUAUAACAAACCAUCAGAGAAGAACUCUAACAAAGUCAACUGUUUGCCCCGCACCGUGGAGCCCAGUGAGCUAGGGAAAUGGCAGGACAGAAGCACCAUUAGGGCAGAAGAUGAUACUCCUAUUGGUUACUCAGUCCCCAUUAAACCCAUGGAUUCCCCCAGGCAAAACGGUCCAGAUACUACCAGUUAUUACUGGUGUAAGUUCUGCAGCUUCAGUUGCGAGUCAUCCAGCACUCUAAGACUCUUAGAACAUUAUGACAAACAGCAUUGUGGAGGCAAGUCAGGAAGCCCUAACAAAGAGGGCAGUGACAAAGUCUCAAGAGAAGCCCUGAUUAACGAGAAUGAUAUGGGGAAAAAAACUGAUGGAGAACAGAUUAGCACCACGAGAAAAAAACAGCUAACAAGCGAGGAAAACGUGGUGACCAGCUACAAUUGUCAGUUCUGUGAUUUCAGGUAUUCCAUGAGCCAUGGCUCAGAAGUGAUUAUUGUUGGGCCUCUCUUGCGUCACUAUCAGCAGGUGCACAGUAUUCACAAAUGUACCAUUAAGCACUGCCAGUUCUGCCCUAGAGGACUGUGCAGCCCUGAAAAGCACCUGGGGGAAAUUACCUAUCCGUUUGCCUGCAGGAAAAGUAAUUGUUCCCACUGUGCCCUCUUGUUGUUGCAGUUGUCCCCUGGUGUGACAGGGCGUGCCAAAGUUAAGCACCAGUGUGAUCAAUGCGCAUUUGCAGCUCACGAUGUCGAUAUGCUUUUGCUUCAUUAUGAGAACAUGCACAGCUCCCAGGCGGCAAAGGAAGUCGAGCCUGAAGAUAAGCAUCCUGUGAACGAUCAGGCACAAUUGUCAGUCAAAGAAAACAAGGAGCACUCUUGCACCAAAUGUGAUUUUGUUACAGAGUUUGAAGAAGAGAUAUUUCGUCACUACAGGAGACUACACAACUGCUGCAAGUGUCGCCAUUGUAGCUUUACAGCAAUGGAAACCCAAGCUUUACUGGAGCAUUUCAACACAGUUCAUUGUCAGGAGAUGGAAUUGGUCACAGCCAAUGGUGGUGACCUUCCUAGCAAGAUGAGCAUUAAGGAAGAGUCAAAGAGUGACAUGAAAUUGUACAGCUUGAUGCAUCCAGAGUCAAAACUGGUAGAUUCCAUCAGUGAGGCUGCAGUAAAGAGAGAAACAUUUGAAGAGAAAGAGUCGCUCAAGGAAAAAGGUUGGGGAGAAGCCUCCAAUGAGAAAGGCCAAAAUAUUAUUUGGAUUCCCAAAGAGAGAGGCAUGGACAUCUUAAGGGGGAGUCCUUCAUACGGGCAGGGUGGCUUGGGAUUGCUGACUGCUGUGUCUGUGAACCAGGAGCAACAGAAACCUCUCCGGGACACUCCCACCAUAGUCUUUGGGUUGACUGGAGAGUCUAAAACCUUCUUGCAGGGAACAGCAGCAAGCAGUGGAGACAAAGCUGGUCAACUUACUCCCCAGUAUUCUACAAUGGGCGACAGUAAAUCUAAAGAGGAAUCACAGUCACUGUUACGGAGACGCAGAGGCUCAGGAGUGUUUUGUGCCAAUUGCCUGACCACAAAAACCUCUCUAUGGAGAAAGAAUGCAAACGGUGGAUAUGUAUGCAACGCGUGUGGCCUGUAUCAGAAGCUGCACUCGACACCAAGGCCUCUGAACAUUAUAAAGCAAAACAAUGGUGAGCAGAUCAUCCGAAGACGCACCAGAAAGCGCCUUAACCCUGACACACUUCCUUCGGAGCAGCUGAACAAGCAGCAGAGGGUAAACAGUGACGAGCAAGUGAAUGGGAGCCCCCUGGAGAGGCGGCCAGAGGAACAUCCACCAGAAGUGCACCAGCAAGAGCUGCAGCAGACUAACGUGAGCAAGCUUGAGGCAUACAGCUCGGUAACCAAGCCCCACCCCACUCCUCAGGCUUUACUAGUCAGCCAAACUCUGGAGAUCCACAAAAGGAUGCAGAUACACUUAAAAAGCCCCCAGGAAAGCAGUGGAGAUGGUUCAACUGCAGCAGAGGGGAAGGGAAGCUCAGAGAGAGGGAGCCCCAUUGAAAAAUAUAUGAGACCCUCAAAAAAUGCCAAUUAUUCUCCACCUGGAAGCCCAAUUGAAAAAUACCAGUAUCCUCUGUUUGGACUUCCAUUUAUACAUAAUGACUUGCAGAGCGAAGCUGAUUGGCUGAGGUUCUGGACUAAGUACAAGAUGUCUGUUCCUGGGAAUGCACAUUACUUGAGCCAUGUCCCUGGCUUACCAAAUCCUUGCCAAAGCUUUGUGCCUUAUCCCACAUUCAGCCUCCCUCAACAUUUUUCAGCCAUCGGAUCAGACAAUGACAUUCCUUUGGAUCUGGCAGUUAAGCAUUCCAGGCCGGACCCAACUACGAAUGGAACCACCAAGGAGAAGAGUACCGUGCCAAUAAAUGCAAAGGACGAGGGUCCAGUGAAUGUCAAAAAAACUGAAAAGGUUGACAGAAGCACUCAAGAUGAACUGUCAACAAAAUGUGUUCACUGUGGCAUUGUCUUUCUCGAUGAAGUGAUGUAUGCUUUGCAUAUGAGUUGCCAUGGCGACAGUGGGCCCUUUCAGUGCAACAUAUGCCAUCACUUGUGUGCAGACAAGUAUGACUUCACAACUCACAUACAGAGAGGCCUGCAUAGGAAUAUUGCACAGGUAGAGAAGAAUGGAAAACCUAAAGAAUAAAAAUAGCACUUCUUAGCACAAAAAAGAAUAAUGUUUGUAAAAAGCUAAGCAGAAGUUUGUACUGUCUUAACAGUACGCAUAGCAACCUAGUGACAUUUAACAUGUAAAGGUGUUUAUUUUAAAGCUAAAGCUAUUUGCUAUUUACACAUAUUGUAAUAAAUAAUUAAAACAUGUUUUUUAAGGAUAUCUUAUUUUAGGAAAAUAUAGGUACAUGACCAUUCAUAAUUUUUUUAUGAGAUGUUAUCUUAGGCUAGGCAAUCCAGCAAAGAAGGUACCUCUGCAAUUAAUUAAACAAUAUCUGACACAAGUAAAUCCUAUAACAAUUUUAUUAUUAAUUCACAUUCACCUUACAUUGUCAAGUACAGUACAAGGUGGAUACUGUAAUAUUGUAAAUGCAAUUUAAGCCUGAAAAAUGUCAUGGCUACUAAAAAUGACCAUUGCAAAAAACCCCUCAGGGAAUACACUGAACUGAGUAAAAGACACCGUUUCAUUUAGGAGUUAUUUUUUUCUGGUGAAGGUAAACAGUUUAGUAUGUGUAUUUUUUAUUUCAGUUGCAGAGUGUUAUUUGUGCAGAGAUAACUACUCACACGUUUAAGGCAUUACAAGCUGCUGCCUGCAUCGCUAGGAUAUGAUCAUUUAUUUCAUAAUUGGGAGAAGAAAUAGAAUAAAAUAGUAUUUUUCUAAUUGUUAUUAAUAUUAAACAUUUUAUAAUACUGGUGCCUGAUAUAUGGUAAAAAAUAUUUUCUACAAUGUACUUAUGCAACAAAGAAUUCACAUAAUUUGAGUGAGAGCUGGGAUUCUGGCUCUGCGUCACUGUUUACAUUUGCAAAUGUAGCAAACAAGGGAAUGAAGCAAAGUUUUAAUAUUUUAGCAUUUUUGUUUUUAAAUGUUCUUUUUUUCAUUGAGAUGAGAAAUGCUAAUAUAAAAUAGAUGCAUCUGUUUGUUUGUUUUUAAUGGUUUAAGAAGGAAAUACCAAUAUUUUUCAUGCCUAAAUACAAAAAAAGGAUAGCCCUAUUCAUUCCAAGCAAUGUACCUUUAAAAUCUUGAACUCUUAAAACAUAUUGUUAUGCUUGUAAUGGCAUGUAUCUUUGCUAAUUUUAUUUUUUCUCUCUAUAUUAUGUUUCUAAUGAAACAUCAGAGAGUGUAUUUAAUAAGUACUGUCUAAGCUUGAAAGCACCAAUAUCUUACUGCUUUUUCAUCAGCAUUGCACAUCAUCUUUACAGUAUAAUGCAUUAGCUUAGUCUUAGUAUCAGGAACAGUGAGACUAUUUCGAUGUCACUGUUAAUAAAUACUAUGAGUCACUAAAGAUCUUAACCCCUUUAUGCACAUAUUUUGAACAUGUUAAAAUCAGGGCUACGUUUUCUACCCAUCAAACAAAGAUACAUCCUACAAACUCAGAGGUAUGAAAAUACAAAUCUAUUUCCCUGUAAAAUACUUAUAGUGCUGUAUAUACCCCAGCAAGCUGUGUUGACUGUACCCCUUGACAGUUGACAGUACCCCUUUAUCCCAUUAAACAAAUGUGCCUUCUUAACAUUUAA